GACGGUUUAUACGACGGCUGGUAUGAUGUUACGUAUAUGGCGUCACAUAUUGUCCGGAGGGAUGGCUCUGCGGUAGAGUGAUGCGUCAUGGGGUAACGGAAUAUUGACCUUACACAGGACAUGGCUCUCUUGAUGUUUUUUUAUUUCUCGUUUCUCAUUGAUUUGCCGAAUGCUACCUAUCUUUUCUUGCCUGUACCUAUGAGGAAUAAGUUUUCCAAUAUCCGUUCGUGUGCUCUCAAUUAUUGGAAAAAUGGCUUUCCAUCGACCCCUGGAUUUGGUAAUAAUCUACGUGGCUUCGUUGUAGCGACGGACUACAUUAAUAUGCUAACUUCCUUGACAUUUCAUGCUAUAGCUACUCAUAUCUAAAAGGGAUUCUCAUUGGAUCUUUUAAAAUUUUGGUAGUAGUAGUCGAACGAAGAGCAUUGAGGAAAACUAUGAAUUAAAUACUCUGUUUGCAUAAUUAUUAUACAGAAUGUCU